GCCAUUGUAGCGAGGUGACAAUGUUCCAUAAUUAAUUAGCAAGUAUAUAGCCUUGAGGAGGAUGAUCUACUUAAUGUAGUCUUACAAUGGGACGUGUAGGUGGAAAUUCUGUGAACGAUAAGCCAAAUCAUAACCAACAGCCAGAACCAGAAGUAGCUGGCCAUCAGUCAACUCCACCUCAAACUUUGCUUCAUGUUACUGAGCCACAACUCGAACCUUUUGUUGAAGGUUCUCAGCCACCGCAACCCCCAGAAGGGACUGCGACAACCGGGCAACCCCAAAUUUACAUACAACCACAAAUUUACAUACAACCACAAAUCCAAGUACCUCAAUAUGUCCAACCUCCCCCUCAACCGGUCCCUGAAUAUCAACCGCAUUACCCUCCACCACCGCCACCACCACCACCACCACCACCACCAGUGCAUCAACCGGAAUGGACAACUGGGUUGUUUGACUGUAUGGAUGAUCCUGAAAAUGCUAUCAUUACUUUGUGUUGUCCCUGUGUGACAUUCGGACAAAUCGCAAAUAGAAUCGACAAUGGAAGAACUUCAUGUGAGACAGCUGGAUGCAUCUACACUGGAAUCGCUUUGUGCAUUGCAAUGCCAUGCAUAUAUUCAUGCACAUAUAGAACUAAACUUAGAAACCACUUUGGCCUUUAUGAGACGCCUGCAUCUGACUGCAUAACUCACUUGUGUUGCGAGUAUUGUGCACUUUGUCAAGAAUACAGGGAGCUCAAUUAUAGGGGCUUGAAUCCAUCAGCAGGAUGGAUGAAUACAGAGUUGCAACAACAGCGAAUGGUUCCCCCUAGCUACCAAACCAUGAAAUGAACUCUUGCUACUAUGCUUGAUUGACCAUCACUCAAAAUUCUAAAAUUUGGAUUAUAAAUAAAUAUGUGGCUGUUUGAAUUUUUUGAUACAUAAUUCCGUUUUGGUAUUUACCUUGUUUGUAGAGAAUAAA